UAUAUCGCGCAGAUCGCUCGUGCAUUAAAGUAUCUUCAUCAGAAUCAUGUCAUCCAUCGAGACAUCAAACCAGAAAACCUAUUGUUUGGACUGAGAGGCGAACUCAAAUUAGCAGAUUUUGGAUGGUCUACUUAUUCAAUGGGCUCCCAACAUACGAUAGUUUGUGGAACUUUGGAUUACCUUUCGCCAGAGAUG